AUGGAUAGUUUCAAUAGCCAAAACACUCGACAAUCCGGACGUCUACCACUUUUGGUCGUGGCGUCUGUUGCACUGAUAGCGUGUCAGCGCCAGUUGCCAACUCAACGGAGUUCAUCGCGCGCAUUGCCCGUCGUGGCUAAGUCUCGUCAUCUCUUCGUCACCCCUUCGUCACGCUUGGAUUCAAAAGUAGUCCUUGCUGCUUUCUAUAGCGAUCAAAAAUCUUUGAAACGAAAUAAAGCAUCGUCCAGCAUCGUCCAGCAUCGUCCAGCAUCGUCCAGCAUCGUCCAACAACGAGGACAUCGUGAGAUCCGUGUGACCGAUCGCUUAGCUGCCGCCGACUGUGCUACGCCUAUGCGCUUAGACUAUGGCUUCUCCUUCCUGCUUGCGCUUGCACCAGGAUUUGGCUUCGACUAUGAAGCGGAUGGCGUUAAUGAUCGAGCCUGGGAGAGAGUCCUGUAA